AUGAGCUCCACGAGACCCUUUUUACGGAGCCAGAACUCCCCGAAUAGCGCCUCAGGCCCGGCAGCAGCGCCACCAGCAACCCAAGCAGCCAUAGCCGCAGCGCAUGAAAGGGAGGAAGGAAAUCGCGCCUCCUUCUGCGGUCCUUCUGAGGCUUCUUUCCGGUCUGCCCUCUGCCGCAAUCUCCUCGAGGCAGCGCCACGCCGCUGCCUCACGCAGCAGUUCAUGCGCCGUAUGUACACCAGCGCGAGCUACCGGAGCAAGGGGAGCGCUUUAGUGCAGCAGGAGGUCCUGAGUGUGGAAGCUCUGUGUCAGCUAAGCGGCUACCUCCUCGGUAAUGUAUUGCCGUCUCUAAUAUUCCCCGUCUGCUCCUCGGAUACGAGCGCCUCUUGCCCCUUCCUGAAGCCUGGCGCCAGCAGCAACAGCGGCCACCCCGGUAGCAAGCCGUGCGAAUGUACUCUGCUGCUGAAAGAGCAACCGCACGGCUUCCCCUUCAUUGCGGACCGCUUGCGCACUCAGAGGCAGGGCUUGCUGCUGCGAACACGGCAGCAGCAACAACAGCAGAAGCAGCCUCCCCAGCAGCAGCUGACGCCUGCUAUCGAAUGGGCACAGAUCGCCAGAAGCAUCCGCUUUAUGCUCUUCGCGGAGGUAUUUUGGGGCGGCCGUCUGUACCACAACGCCAAAGCAGCACACUGUUUUGGGCGCUGCCACUGCUGCAGCAAAUGCCGUCUGUGCGGACAGCCAGCAGAGCAGCAGCAGCAGUGGCAGGGCGCCUCCCACCAUCUCCGUACUUUUGACCACAGCAGCACUGAUAGUAGUAGUAGUAAUAUUAGUAGUGGUAGUAGUACUAGUGCUAAUACUAGUAGUAUGAACAACGGGGUGCAGGCAGAAGACCUGCAGACAGCUCGGCGAGCGGCUGCCUUCGCACCCAGCCUCAACCGUUUGUUGAUUCGUGCCGCCUUCUCGGCCUUGCUGCAGCAGCUGCAGCGCGCCACCAGCGCUGUAAAGCUGGCGACUCAGCGGCAACGGAAGCGCUCAGUCGAAGGAGGAGGGGGAGGACAGAUACACUUUUCCUUAGUGCUUCAGCACCUGCAAACGGAUGCCGGUACCUUGGAUCAGCUGCUUGCUGCUUUGCUCCUGUAUGAUGCGUUGCUUUCUCCUCUGCAGCAGCAGCAGCAGCAGAUAUUCCUGCUUCAGCGCCUGCUGCUGCUCGUAGGAAGGGAAGGAUGGCAACAGCUACGUCUGUGCCGCUUGUCCGCGCGCCUGAUCUUUGAAGCGGCGGCUGGAAACAUCCUCCGGGUGCUGCGCAUCGCGAAGACUCUUCCCUUUCUCCUGCAAGCUGCGGCCUACCGGCAUAUUGAUGCACUGCGUGCGGCUGCCAUCGCUGCGUGUAUCGCUGCUGCACCAGUUGGGGGGGCUUCUUUGCCCCUCUCGCGCCUCGCUGCCCUCCUCGGCUGCUCCUCCAGCAGCGCCCUGCAGUUUUGCCAUCAGCUGCCGCAGCCGCACCAGACAGGGCCGCAGAAAUACCUGCAAACUCCCAUAACGGCCGUUCGUCUAUUCCGCGGGGGGCAGAUGCAGUUUGUUUCAGCGAGCUCUGAGGCAGCAGCAAAGGCUGACGUCACGCAGCCGCAAGUCCUUGACUUGCAUAAGUUUGCCGGCGCCGCGUACAGCGACGCCUGGCUGCGACUCCAGCCAGCCGAGGAGACAGUAAGGGCGGCCCCUCGCAACCGUAAGCAGCUACGCGAACUAAUGCUGCAGGAUACGCUAGGGCAGCAACACUUGCCGAUAGGUUUUGGUUCUGCUUAG